AUAAGUCCCCGUUUGGUGUGUGCAACGCGCUGGCUGGAGAGGGCGAGAGCCCGCGCGGUGGCGGGGCGGGGUGCUAGGGGCUGCACAGGCGAGAGGAGGCAGCAGCCGCAGUUGGAGAGGGGAGGCGAAGAGACGGCCGCACCGGCCGGGGAGAUGCUGCUGCUGCUUUGGGAGCCCCGGGUGACGGUUUAGGCUGGUCGGGGGGUGCAAGCUCCUAGGACGGGAGGAGAGAGCUGGCAGAUGUCCCAAGCGAGGGAACCCCUUCCCCCGGGGCCUGACGGGCCGGCGCCUGCAGCUCCGACUGAACGCAGCCUUCUGGUCUCGCUGCCUCGCGAAAAAUGUGACAAAGUGAAUACAGCUGCAGGAGAGAGAGACAUAACACCACCUUCCAAUAACCAAAGCAUACAACCAGAGAUACAAGACCAGUCCGUCUGGGGAAAUCGCACUGAUGGUGACCUCAUCAGAACACAACCUCAACACUUUCCUCAGCCAAAUACUUCAGCAUUGGAAAAGAGCGAGGAAGAAACUGGCAAGAUACAGAAUGGUCAUGCAGGUCUGAGUAAUGGAAAUGGAAUUCACAACGGGGUCAAACAUGUAGCUACAGAUAACAGAAAAUGUUCAGUUCCUGUUUCACAAAAAAUGCACAGAAAAAUUCAGUCCAGCUUGUCCGUCAACAGUGAUAGCAGCAAGAAAAGUAAAAUAAGCUCUGCAUAUUCUCAAAAACCUGGUUCUUCUCCUGAAGGAGUUACCCAGUUGCAGCAAUGCGCUGCAUGUAUGCAACCACGAAGAUACUGAACACUUUCUUAAAAGAAAUAUUGAUAAAGGGACCAUUUGUCUUCAGAAAGUAUAGUUCAAAUUGAGAAAGAGUUGUUUUUAAACCAAAGUUUGCUGUUAAAUAUAAUUUUUGUGGGAGCCCUGGUUGAGUUUUGUUCAUUUUGGGGCCUUUUGCUCCCUAAAUUGUGAGCGAUGAACCUCUCAUUUGGAAAAAAAAGAAUAAUAAGAAAUUAAGACUGCCAGGUCCAAACCUAGCUUGGAUCUUUGCCAUUCAACAGUACACUCUUUCAAUCAAGUUAAGAAGCAUUGAUGAGCUUUGAAGAAAGUCUUCUACAUCCUCAUCUGGAAGAAUGAUAGAAGUUUAUGAAUAAUUUCCCAUGAAUAAUGUUCUCCAUAAAUUCGGAAUUUCUUUUGCUUACACAGGUUCCAUAAGGAGAUCAUGAUUUCCUCAAAUGCAUUAAUUUUUCAAAAGUUUUCAGCAACAUUUUGCAAUUUUUUUAACAGUGUGACUUGCUUUAGAAUAGUUUGCUGUGAAAAUUUUACUCUAGAAAAUUCAAGCUAUUGUUGUUUCUGUUCCCAGACUAAAUGAGCAUAAAUAUUAUAAUUGGGAGGGAAGGAGGAAGAAGCCAUUUGGGCCUUAAAUCUCUCAAGGAAACAGCUGUUAAACAGAUUAUGGCACUUAAAACCUGCAUGGGUUUUGCCUAAGGUAUCAUUUAUAAGCAAAUUAAGCUACUACAAAAUAUGUAUUGGUUGGGUACAACGUUUAUAUGUUAACCUUCUCUUGCCAAAUCUACCGAAAGUAACUUUGUGCAUAUGCACUGUCUGAGCUGCAGAACCUUGACUAGCUUAUGGUAUUUAUUGCCUAUUUGCUCUGACACUGACAAGAAUUUUUUAGAACGCUGUCCAAGAAAUCUUAAAAUACAGGGAGAUGUUCCAGAGGACUGAGGGGAGAAAAAAGUUUCUAGUGUCCUAAUAGUUAACAAAAGCUCAAUGGAAUGACCUGGGUAACUUCAGGCUGGUUAGCCUAAUGUUGAUUCCAGGCAAAAUCAUGGAAAGGCUAAUUCGGGAUGUAAUUAGUAAAUAAUUAAAGAAUGGUAUAAUAAUUAAUGCCAAUUGACAUGGCUUUAGAAAAUAGGUCUGGUUGAACUUGAUAUUGUGUUUUGAUAAGAUUACAAGUUUGGUUCAUAAAGGAACUACAUCAUUCUUAGUCUUCUGUAAGAUUUUGCACUACACAAUAAUCUGAUUACGAAAACAGCACUAUUCAGAAUCAAUGUAGCACAUGACUAACUGAUAUGUCUCAAAAAGUAACUGUAAAUGAGGAAUUGUUGUCCAGCAGCAGUGUUUGUUGUGGCAUCCCACUGGAUGGCCCAAUGUUCUUCAAUAUUCUUUUCAACAAUAUGGAGGAAAACACAAAAUCAUUGCUAGUUUGCAAGAGACAGUAACUUUGAUGAAGUACACUUCUACCCUGAUAUAGCACAAAUUCGGAUAUAACAUGAUAAAGCAGCGCUCCGGGGGGAGAAGGGGGGAUGCGUGCUCCGGCUUAUCAAAUCAAGUUCGCUAUAAUGCGGUUUCGCCGAUAAUGCGGUAAGAUUUUUUUGGCUCCCGAGGAUAGCGUUAUAUCGAGAUAGAGAUGUAGUAAAUAAUGGUAAGGACAGGUCACUUCCACAGAGCAAUCUGAAUCACUUUGUGAACUGGGUUGAUUUGAGUAAUGGAAGUUUUAAUGCAGCCAGAAGCAAGUUCAUACAUCUAGGGACAAUGAAUGUAGGUCACACUUACAGGAUGGGGACAGUAUCUUGGCAAAUAAUGAAUCUCAAAAGGGCUUAAGAGUUGUAGUGCGAAACCAACAGAACAUAAGCCCCCAGUCCAGUGCAGAGGCAAAGAAAGUAAAUGCAAUCCUAGGAUGUAUGAUCAGGGUAAUAUUGAGUAAGAGGAAGGAGGUGAUGUUUCUUCUGCAUAUUGCAUUAAUGAGAUCUUUACUGAAAUACUUUGUCCAGUUCUGGUGUCCACACUUUUAAAAAGGAUGUUGAGACAUUAGAAAUUGUUUUAGAUUCGUGGGUAGGAGAGUGAAAGAGAAAAGGUCUAUGUAACAAGGCUCUCUCUUUGCUCCUGUCUUCCUCUGUACACCCAGACCACUUGGAGACUCUCCGCUAGUAAACAACACGUGCAGUAUUUACAAUCCUCCCCCCUCCCAACUUUACAAUGUUGUGCAGCACCUUAUAUAGAAUAGUAUAUAAUUCCUCAGCCAUUUAGCCUGAGGAGAAGAGAGGAGAGGGAAGUCUCUCCCUCUGAGAUCUAUCUUGGCCCUGGCUCUCAAAGUUGCCUGCCCUGCCCUCCCUCUUUCUACUUCUUUUCUGUUUCUUCUUCUACUCCCUGGGCUAAUGGGAUAAUUUAAGCACUUUAACUCUCUCCAGGCCAUUCCAAUCUAUCUUUGCCUGCCCAGCUUACUAUGGGUGAUUUAAUUGGUGAUACAGUGAUCAGAGUGCUGUAGAGUUGCUGUUGCCCAGCUCUCUGACAGUCUGUUAUAGAGCAAUUUCUACCCUGAUCAAAAAUAGAGGAAAAUCCUUUAUCAAAAAUCCUUCACCAUUAACUUUAAGGCAAAUAUAUCUUGGUUUAUGGGAAAGGGUCACUGGUAUGUGGGAUGGGAAACUGGAAGAUGAAGAACUAAGUAAUGCUAUUGUGACAGUGCAGACCCCAGUUUCUCCAGCCUACACUAUGUUAGGAAAUGUCCGAUUUUUAAAAAUGGAUGAAUGAAGGGAGAGUUUUUCUGCACAAAGAAAUAGAUUAUUGAAGUUAGCAUGUCACUGAGGUGAACAGUGGCUUUAGUUCAAACCUUCGGCUUCUGUGGAUUAUUAGGAGACAGUUUUAGGUCCAGCAGCCCUACUUUUGUAUUACAGUAUGAAGAAGACUGUCUGUCUCUGCAACAGAAAAGAAUAGGUGUUUAAAAAGUUGCAAAAAGAUACCCUCCACCUCCAGGUUGCUGACUUUAUUCUUUUUCCAUAAUCUUCACUCAUCUUUGGGAAUAUAAAAUGAAACUCAUGUUCCAGAUGUUGGCUUAAUGUGUUCCACUUCUGACUCAUCUGAAGCACCUGCUAUGUUUUUUUAU